AUGGGCAACCAAAACUCGGCACCGCGCCUGGUUGACCACUCGCUGAUGGGCCUCGAUGGCGUCACCCUGCCCGGGCCGCAGCCCGAACAUUUCGACUGCCGCCGCUCAUUGGCUUUGCACCUCAUCCGCAUGCAAUGCCCGGAGCUGGAGGGCCCUUACAGCGAGGCCAGAAACCUUUUCGAGGGGCUGAAGCGGCUGCUGGACCUGAUCCUCCGCCACGAUCGCAUGUACUUGCACCGGUUCGAUCCCUACUUGGCACCUGCCGAACAUAUCAGAACACAGGACAAGAUAUGCUUCGCUUUUGACGUUGUCGCCUGCAUCCUGUGCAUGGUGCCUCCUGCCCCCCCGACCACACCCCAAGCGCGUCGCCUCCUGGUCUUCAAGUUCGAGCGGAUGCUUGGGCACGCCUUGGAGCUCGAGGCCCUGAUCCGCGGAGAUGUCGAGCCAAGGCCCCGCACGAGACAACGCGGCGAAUUUGUGCCCGAGGUUUACCAGGUUCUCGACCAGGCGAAUUUUGGUAGGGUGAGGGCGCAGUUCGAGCUCCUGCCGAUGACCUUUUGGCGGUUCCAAAGGGGUGGAAUGUCGAAACUGUGA